AUGGCUGAAACGCCAGAAAAUGAACCAGUACCAUCGUCCAGCGAGAACAUAGAAUCUGAUGUAAAAGAAGACGCACCUUUAGCUAAAAAACGUAAAAUGCUAUCAGAGAAGGAGCACUCUGAAAAACUAGAGCACAGGUUGGGUGGUAUUUUAUGCUGCGCAGUUUGCCUGGACCUGCCUCCAGCGGCCGUGUAUCAGUGUACAAAUGGACAUCUUAUGUGUGCUCCUUGUUUUACUCAUUUGCUGGCGGAUGCUAGGCUCAGAGAUGAAGCAGCCACGUGUCCUAUCUGUCGUAUUGAGAUCUCUAAGACUUCAGCUUCAAGAAACCUUGCUGUUGAGAAGACGGUGUCUGAACUACCAUUAGAGUGCAGAUUCUGCACUCAUGUUUACCCACGACAUUCUUUGCAGCAUCAUGAAGAUAAUAUUUGUGAUGAGAGGCUGACGGGGUGUAAGUACGCGUGCAUCGGGUGCCCGUGGCGCGGGCCGGCGCACGAGGCGGGCUCGCACGAGGCGCAGUGCGCGCACCCCGCCAAGUCCGCCGCGGACCUGAUGGCGCUGCUGGCCGACCGCGAGCGACAAGCGCGCGACUCCACCGCCGUCUACGAGCAGAUCAUGGACCUGCUCUCCUACGAGAAGAUCACCUUCAACGAUUUACAGCUCAGGCCGUACCGCACUGAAGAGUUUGUGCACAAGCUCUACUACGAGACGUCUCGCUUCUCCGCGUUCGGCCACCAGUGGGUGGUUAAGGCGUACGUGAAUAAGAAUCAGCGUGACCCCACGCAGAGCGCCCAGCGAGAGAUCACUUACCAACUGAUUCUUAAAAGCAAGACUUCGGCGCCGCUGAGUGUGCAGUGGGUGUGCACGCGUGGCCCAUGGGGCGAAGUGCGGUUCGCAGCGCGCGUGGCGGCGCACAGCUUCCGCGACGACGCGACCGACGCGCCGCCGCUGCCGCUGCCGCUCGCAGAGCCGCGUGACGCCAACCGCCUGCUGGCAACCAAGCCGCUGCACUGCAGGCUCAUCAUGUUCCUGUCUUCAAAGUGA